CUGGUAGCUUGUAUGUAUGUGUGCGUGUGUAUGUUGCUUAAAAUCAGUACUUUUUUGUAUUUACACUUUGUGCAUUUUACUUUCUUAAUUAAUGAUUUUACUAGGAAUUGUAAACAGGCAGAUAUAUGGGACAAUGAUGUGUGAUUACUGUCUGCCUCUGAGAAAAAUUGCUUUCCUGUAACAACGCACCAUUCUUUUCAACAUUGCUACCUCUAAAUACAGCUUUUGUCUAGACUUGUUGCUGAGUGUUACUGUGUGUAUAUUUUAAUCUAGAAUAAAUUGUCACUGAAUAAAGAUACUUGGGGAAUUGACAUUUUCUAGUAAAAUUCCUUUCAUUAUAUUUGCUAUAUUUGUAUGUCUUGAAUAUGAUGCCCUGUUCCAGUCUUUGUCACCAUCUGUGUGAACUUACAGUCUGGACUGAUAAUUUUUCCUCUGAUUUCAAGCCUUAAGCACCUUUCUCACCUGUUUUGCUUUUGUGCUCUGAGUUCUUCUUAACUACCCAAAGCUUUCUAGAUUCCCCUCACUUGUGCUAUUCGCAUCAGUCUUGUUCUUUCCUCUCUUUCCAAGAUCUAUUUAUUUUGAGAGACGUUUUUGCCUUAUAGUGAACCUUCAGUCAUAUCAAAGGAUUCCGUAGAAUUAUCACUUUAAGAACUUCUUAAUGAUGCCAGAAGUAAUUAGUCCUUUCUUACUUUUCAGUCUAAUUUGUGGUUAAUUAAUCAUUUUCAUCUCUUCUCAUGAAAUUAGUCUGUCACAUAGCUUAGACAACCUUCCUGAAUCAUCAGUACCACACAGGAUUGUAUUUCACUAUCCUUAAAGAUUUCCUUCCCAUGCUGACCUUGUUGCCAUGCUUUUCACUAGUUCUGUGCAGAUGAAUCCCACAGAUUACAUCAAUAAUACAAAAUCUGAGAAUAAGGGAUUAGAAGCUACCAAGAGCAGUGUCAUUCAACAAGUUUCAGAAGAGGGAAGAAAAUCCAAGUCUAAACCCGAUAAACAACUUAUCCAGUAUACUGCCUUUCCACUUCUUGCAUUCCUCGAUGGGAACUCUGCUUCUGCUAUUGAACAGGGGAGUACAGCAGCAUCAUCAGAAGUUGUACCCUCUGUAGAUAAGCCCAUAGAAGUCGAUGAGCUUCUGGAUAACAACGUUGAUGCAGAGCCAACCCAAAGCAAGAUUGUUCGGCUGGAACCACUGACUGAAACUGAAGCUAGUGAAGCCACACUGUUUUAUUUAUGUGAACUUGCUCCUGCACCUCUGGAUAGUGAGAUGCCACUUUUAGAUAGUUAAGCCCCCAAAUGGACACUGUAUGUAUAUAUUCAUCAAAAUGAUGAAGUAUUUAUUUUAAAGUAUCAUUUGGUACUUUGUUUUGUAAAUUACUUUUUGUUUAAUCAGAUACUGUGGAAUAAAAGCACCUUUUGCUUUUCUCACUCACCACACUCUUGCAAAGCUUUCAGGUGUUACUCGGCUGCCUAGGUAUAUAAAUUUUAAUGAACAUUAUUGGAAUAUCUUAAGUUGACUUCAAAUGGCCAUUUUCUCCAGUUGUAGUAACUUGGAUUUUUUUUAUAUGCAAAUAUAACCAUUUAAUCCCAGUUAAACUUGUUUAUUUUCAAUUGACUUUAAGUGUUUAGAACUAAAGGUAGAAAACUCUGGUCUAGUUACUUUUAUUAUUUUUGACUUGGCUUAUUUUUAAAACUGGGAACAUAAAGUGCCUGUAUCUUGUAAUAUUUCAUGUCUUUGUUCAGAGAAAUUCUUUUAUGUUCAGAGAAAUGUAUUCUCAACAGAAAAGGCAAAGUGUACACGAGUAAUCACUCUGAAGGGGUUCCAUAGAAAGAACUCGGAAACAGGUUGCAGUUAACCCUGUCCACUUAGACUAGGUUAAGUAUCUUUUCUGGUUUGUUCUUUUGAACCAUGGUAUUUAGUAAAAUAAAUGUGACGGAUGUUGAGUACUA